AUGAAGGACAACCCGGAUGACUUUUCACGGGCAAUAUCCGAGUACAUCCGUGGUGAAACGAGGAAGAUCGACUUUCUAGUUAAUAGGUUAACGAUGUCUGAGGGUUCCCUCACCAAUGUAGAAUUAUUCAUUGAUGACUGCCUUCGUCAUAGUCAUGAAUUUCCCGAGAAGCUUGCAAGUGUUUUGUGCAACAUUCUUCUUCAGUCCAAACCGUGGUAUUCUUUUAAUCUUAGCACGUCUACCAAAUGUCUUCUCCUCCUUGUCAAUAUGGCCACUCGCUUCGAUAAACUUGCACAACAUUUGCUCUCUCACUUUUGUGAUAUUAUUUGCUUCCCCUCAUCGUAUCGACCCCCAGACGAUGGCGUUGAUAACGUGGAAUUAAUCCUCAGUGGACUAAGAGAACUCUUGCCUUUAGUGCCACAAUUCGAAGAGUUCUUCGUUGAUUGCCUGUGUCAGAAGUUCCCAGGCUGGGGUGGAUCUGCACCGCAGUUAUUCUCUGCUCUGGUAAACGCUCUCAGACUGUGCUGUGACCCGCCAUGCCUUUUAUCCAACACUUCUGUUCAACGGUUACUUUGCUUCUGUUUCAGUCUCCUUUGUGAUAUCGAAAUCAACACUGAAUCCAUAGCAUUAUUUUCUUCGCAAACGGAAUCACUCUUUUCCAAACUGAAGGAUCCAUUUAAUACCGAUGAAUUUGAGGAAAACAAAAAAAUCAUUCUCUCGUCUCUCACUGAUAGUUUUCCUUCGUCAGUUCCGGUGUUUUGGCUGCUAGUCGUGAGUCUGUUGAAAAUGUUCCCAAAAAGGAGGGAGCCGGCGAUGGAUAAGACUGCGAAAAAAGAGGAAUGGUCUCACAUGUGUGCUGUAUUUAGGGAUCUUCGUACUCGUUUCUUUCAGUCUAUCCUACCCAUUCAUUCAGACUUUGUGGCAUAUCCUCUGCUGCUUAUCUUCAUGUCGGGUCUCCGACCAGGUCUGAUUGUUAAUCUGGUGGAGAAGUUCUGGGCAUUCGUUAUAGAUACGAAACAACCAGAUGAGGUGCGGGUCAGAUGCAUGCGACAUCUGGCUGACUACCUAGCUCGGUCGCGUCAUUGUAUUGUGGGAGUUGUUGUUGAACAACUGCACGAUUUAGCCGCAUGGUGUGUCGAGUACACCUACUUCAGGAGAGGUCGAUUAUCAUCACACUUCGAAGUGAUGCUUCGAGCUCACAGACUAUUUUAUACGGUGUUUGAGUCGAUUAUAUAUAUUCUUACAUUCAGGCAGGCGGAGCUCAUUGGAGUGUCUAAUCAGCGACAUUCUUGCUCAGAUCUGCCCUUGGGUCAACUGAUAAACUGUCCUUUAAAACCCUUAGCGGCAUUGGAACCGUCUUUAAGAUCGCAUUUCCAAACUCUUUCUUUCGUUUACAAACUGAGUUGGAUCGCCACCAUGAUGCCUGAAUGUCCAACUGAGGUGGACCUUCCUCCGAAACCUUCUUUUGAUUGUCCAUUAUCCCGCGCUCUCGCUGCCCUCCCCUUUACAGCUCGUAUGAAUCUGGUUAACAAUUAUAUCCCGGCGAAACGAACACUUAAAAGGCCUCUCGAAAAUGGCGAUGCACACUCAUGCUCUCCUAUCUCCUCCAGUGAUGAACGUUGUGAACAUCAACAGGCUACAAAAAGGGUGGUAUCUCCAAAACCACAACAUUUUAAUUUUAGUGCUCUGUUAGAUUUGAUUUGA